CAGUCUAUAGCACGGGAGUAUCGUGUCUACAAUAAGUGGUCUGUCGUUUAUCCAAGCAACCAUGCCGCUGUCGCUGGUUUCUUAUCCUAUUUAAUUUUUUGCAAGUGUUGUACAUUAAACAAUUUAUUAUUACAAUUUGUAUUGUAUAGAUUUGGUAUUGUUCGAAGAAAAUUGAAAAUGAAAGUCAAACGUCAUACUAAGUUGGAUGAUAAAAAUGAUGCUACUUUGAAUACAGAAGAAAUUGACCACUGUGAAAAUGUGAAUGAACGCGCGAUUGCUGGAAAAAGAAAGGCUAAUAACGAUGAAGUUAUACCUAAAAAGAAAGAAAAAUUCAAUAAGGACUUAUAUGCAGCACCAACAGUAGAAGAAUUAAAUCAGCUUCGAGAAACUGAAAAUUUGUUCCAUUCAAAUCUUUUUAGACUUCAAAUAGAAGAGGUUCUCUCCCAAGUCAAAGUCAAAGAUAAAUAUAAAAAGCUAUUUGAUGCCUGGUUCGUCAAAUUCAAAGAGUACAUUGAAUCAAUUGAGGAAACAGAAGAAUGUCCCCUCACUGAGGAAGAGUCAUUACAUAAACUUGAGGCUGUGGUGCCAAUUACCAAUAUCCCUGAACAGAGAAAAGGGACAUAUUGUUUCAAAAAGCCAUCUUCGGUAUCCGUUGUGGGGUCUUAUGCACUUGGUACAGUUAUAGGACCCCAGGUUUCUGUUGAUGUAUCUGUAGAAAUGCCAUCAAGUCUAUUUCAAAAAUUAGACUAUCAAAAUUAUCGUUAUAUAAGAAAAAGAGCCAUAUACUUGACGUUUAUUGCUUCGAAAAUCAGAGAAGACUUAGCAAAAUCAGUCAAAUUUGUGCAUGAUGGAGAAAACCGUAGACCUUAUUUAAAACUUAUUCCUGCAGGUAGUUUAGGAAAAAAGUACACAAUUUUUGUGAAAAUUACAGCACAUGAGAAUAGCUUCAAACUAGGUCGUUUUCAUCCCAUGAAAAAUGGGGUACGACCUAGUUGGAUCUUCAAUGAAGGCACACAAGAUGAAUCUCUGAUACCAACACCAAAAUACAAUACUCUCAUUCUUUAUGAUUUGGUUGCCUCAGAAACUAAUUAUCGUAAUUCAAAACUCUUAAGGGAAUAUCCCAGUAUAAGGGAUGGGAUAAUUUUACUUAAAAUAUGGCUGACUCAAAGAUGUAUGACUGAUGGUUAUGAUGGGUUCAAUGGACACGUUCUAACCAUGUAUGUGUUGUAUCUGUUACAUACAAGGAAAUUAAGUACUUUCAUGAGCAGCUAUCAAAUCAUUAGAAAUGUUUUCAACUCUUUAGCAAACAGUGAUUGGUGUCACGACGGUAUCACUAUGUGCCAAGAUGAUGGCAUAACAACUAGGAUUUUAGAGUAUCACAAGUAUUUUGAUUGCGUCUUUCUGGAUGCUACUGGCUACCAUAAUAUUGCUGCUAAUAUAUCUACAGAAACUUUUAAUUGGGUCAAAAAUCAAGCAGACAUUGCUAUAAAAUGUUUAGAUAAUGCACACACGGAUAGCUUUCAAAUUCUAUUCAUGAGAAAAAUACCAUUUCAUCAAGCUUUUGAUAAUAUUAUACGGUUUCACGAUACUGUUGCUUUGGAAAGUAUAGUGGAUGAAAAAUCUCCCUACAUGGACAAAGUCGAUUUUGGUACCAAUAAGCGUUCACAGGCUGUCAAGCUACUCGUGUUAGUUCUUAAAAAAGGUUUAGGAAAGAGAGUAUCACUUAUAACUGUAUUACCAAGUAAUAGAACAGAGUGGGAAGUUACUGAAGAGCCACCAAAAACAAUGGGAUUUAUCUUUAUUGGCUUGCAGUUAAAUCCAGAGUUUUGUUUCAACAUAGUUGAAAAGGGACCACCUGCUAAUUUACCAGAGGCUUUGGAGUUUCGUAAAUUUUGGGGUGAGAAAUCUGAACUUCGUCGGUUUCAUGAUGGCUCUAUUUGUGAGGCUAUUGUCUGGGGACAAGGAAAAACACUAACUGAAAAAAGAGAAAUGUGCAAAAGAAUUGUCAUGUUUUUAAUGAAAACUAAAUUUAAUAUAUCUGAGACACAGUAUAUUUACAUGGCUCAUGAGUUAGAAUGCUUCCUUCGUCUUCCGAAAAUAAAAAUAACAAAAUUUCAAUACGGGACUGGAGAAGAAGCUACUAUUAGGCUGAUACACGUAUUUAAUUCAUUGGAAAAGGAAUUAACCUCCUUAACUGAUUUGCCACUAACAAUCAGUGGUAUUCAAGGAUCAAGUGCUGUGCUUCGAUACACUGAUGUUUUUCCUCCAUUGGCAACUGUGCAUCUGCCUGAAAAAAAUCUUGAGGCUCGUGAAAACUGUUAUAUUUUUAGAGAUGCAACUCUUAACAGACUACCAAAACUCGUGCCUUGCAUAGAAGCUAGUAUUCAACUUUCUUCAAGUGGAAAAUGGCCCGAUGAGAUUGAAGCUGUACGAAAGGUCAAAACUGCUUUUCACAUACAGAUUGCGGAGUGCCUCAGAAAGAAUAAUCAACUAAAAACCCAAGCUGGUCCACACUACGUAGACGUUCUUAAGGAAGGUUAUGUGUUUCGUCUGACUGUUGCGCAUCAAAAAGAAAUAAAUUUACUGAAGCAACAAAUAGAUGAGGACGGAGUGAUCAAAUAUAGGGAUAAUAAACAAUCGAUAGAACUGGAAAAGAAACUUUUUCAUCUACCAAAGAUAACAGGAGCUCUUCAUGGUUUGCAUUCACAAGAACCAUCGUUCGGCCCCACGUGCUGUUUGGCCAAGAGGUGGUUGUCCUCCCAACUCUUGGACAAUUCCCACAUACCAGACAUCGUAGUAGAACUCCUAGUGGCGUCUAUGUACCUCAUACCAGAACCUUAUAGACCCGCACAGCAUCCUCAAGUCGCAUUUUUAAGAUUACUGGAAACAUUUGCUAGAAAUAAUUGGUCGACUGACCCUGUCAUUGUCAAUUUCAACAAUGAAAUGACUCGGGAUGAAAUAGUUACUGUUGAAAACAUUUUUAGAACUUCUCGAGAAUCUCUGCCAGCACUAUUUAUUUCCACACCGUAUGAUCAUCAGAACUCGAUAUGGACAAGUAAAGGUCCCAAUCAAUUGAUUCUGAAUCGUAUGGCUUCACUAGCUAGAGAAUCAUUAAAAAUCAUUGACACGCAGAUUGAGUCUUACACAGGAUUGAAAUGGAAACCAAUGUUUCAGCCCCCAUUGUCAGAAUAUGACUGUCUGAUACAUUUGAAACCAUCAAUGUGUCCUAGAAGAUUUCAAGCAAUUGAAUUGGAAUCUGAUCAUCCAGUCAUCGACUGGCAUACCUACAAGUAUCAUCAUCAGCAAAAGAUUCCAAUUGUGAACUUCGACCCAGUACAGUACUUUCUGACUGAUUUACGAAUUGGCUACGACAAGUAUGCGUUGUUCUUUCAUGACACUUAUGGCGGUACAACAAUUGGUGUUUUGUUGAGGCCGGAUAGUUUGGAUCGCAAAGAUUUCAAAGUUUCCAAUGUGGACUGCAGAAUACUGGAUGACAGUGGAAAACUGUUACUAAACGUGUCGACCAUGAUUGAGGAUUUUUAUAUACUUGGAAGAGGAUUAGUGGACAGUAUAGAUGUACAGUCCAAAAAGGUUUCAAUGAAUUGAAUUUAAAAUAUAUAUCUUCUGGAUAGCAUUGUAAACAGCAAAUGUAUAUAUAUAAAUUUAAUUCAUUAAGACAUCCCA